GGUUUGGGAUUUGGGCGGAGGAUCGCCGCAAUGGGGAAGCUCCUGAAUUUGCUGGUGGCUUCUGUUAUGCCGGUUUUGAAGAUUCUCAUCAUUACUGCUCUUGGCUUGUUUCUCGCGGUUGAUUCUGUUGACAUUCUGGGAAUGGAUGCUCGCAAGCACUUGAACAAUGUGGUCUUUUUCGUCUUCAGUCCAGCUCUUAUCGCUAGCAAUCUGGCGAAGUACAUAACGCUAAAGAAUGUAGUCAUGUUGUGGUUCAUGCCACUGAACAUUCUCUUUACGUUCAUCGUUGGAUCGCUUCUUGGGUGGGUGCUCAUUAGAAUAACUGACGCUCCUCAUGCUCUUCGAGGUCUAGUACUGGGAUGCUGUGCUGCAGGAAAUCUGGGGAACAUGCCUCUCAUAAUCAUUCCAGCUGUUUGUAAAGAGAGAGGCUCUCCAUUUGGAGAUGUUGAUGCUUGUUAUGAAAAUGGAUUGGCUUAUGGGUCACUAUCUAUGGCAAUUGGAGCAGUCUACAUGUGGUCUUACGUUUACAACAUCAUGCGUCUCUAUUCUAGUAGAAGUUCCGAUGGACCGAAAUUUGAAGCCUUAGCAAUAGCCACGAGCUUUGCCACAGACACUCUUGAAGGACUUUCAAAAGGUCACUCUGGACCUCUGCUUCCCCUGGCAAAAUCCGCUGCAAGUGAGGGCCAUACCGAAUUCGAACUUGUCCCCAUGACAUCAGAACAUAAGGAUAAGGUACCCUUCUUAGAGAAGCUAAAGCAGGGAAUACAGAUUUUUGGUACAAUGUUCAACCUGAGGAGACUGUUUGCUCCUUCAACGAUUGGAGCGAUUGUUGGGUUUGCAGUGGGAAUGAUCCCUCACUUGCAAGGAUUACUAGUUGGCGAUAAGGCUCCCCUUCGAGUGUUCCAAGACUCGGCAUCUCUGCUAGGGGACGCGGCUAUUCCUGCAGUCACAUUGGUACUGGGAGCAAAUCUCCUAAAAGGUUUGAAGGGCUCCGAAGUGCGGUUACCAGUUGUUGCCGGGAUAAUCAUGGUUCGUUACGUCGCCUUACCACUGACAGGAGUUGUCAUCGUCAAGUCUGCAGUCCACUUCGGAUUCGUGCAGCGCGAUCCACUGUAUCAAUUUGUUCUUCUACUUCAGUUUGCACUUCCUCCGGCAAUGAACAUAGGUACGAUGAGCCAGCUGUUUGGGACCGGAGAGAGCGAGUGUUCUGUGAUUCUGCUCGCAAGUUAUGCUUUGGCAUCAGUCGCGGUCACGAUUUGGUCGGCGAUUUUCAUGUGGUUGGUAGCAUAGAGCUAGGUACUUAACAGUGAACAUAAGUAAGGCCAUCUCCAACAAAGUCCCAAAAGCGAGUUGGAAAAUGCUAAAGUGCAAAAAAUAUGGGCUUGUAGUGUUAAAAAUAGCACGCAAGACGCUAAAAGGAGCCAGAAUUGCUGGCCCCACAAUUUCGCGAAAUGGACGCUACCCACCAGGAGAAAGAGGCACACGCGCGCUGAAUGGAAGGGAAGCACUGAGGCGGGUGUCAACCACCGCCAAUCUCAGUGGCUGGUCCAUUUGUGUCCCCAAACAAUUAAUCCCCCAACCCCAAUAAUUUAAUUACCCACAUUAAUACAAUUAGUGUUGUAGUAACUAGGGGUGGGCACGUGGGUGGUUAAUCCGUGGAUUGAUAACGAUCCACCCGUAAAAUAAUCCGACCUGCACGCAGUGGGCGAUUGAUGUGGGUGGAUUGCGGAUUGAUAAAUCUCCCAUCCGCACUUAUGUGGGUGAAUGGUGGGUGGAUUGCGUGUCACCCAUAUGACCCGCAUCCUAUUUUUA